CGCCGCCGCCGCCGCCGCCGCCGAAUCCCCAACAAGGAGCGGAGCCCGCGGCCGCCACCGCCGCCGCCCUCCUGACGCCGCCGCCGCCGCCCGUCCGCCGGCGCCCGCGCAGGCCCGGCCGCGGCCCAGGGCUUGGGACCCUGGCGAAGGACCGUGUCGGUCCCGGCGUCUUCUCCUGCUGAGCCAUGGCAACCCCGGAUGUGAGCGUCCACAUGGAGGAGGUGGUGGUGGUGACGACGCCGGACACGGCGGUGGAUGGCAGCGGCGUGGAGGAGGUGAAGACUGUGCUGGUGACGACCAACCUGGCUCCUCACGGGGGCGACCUGGCGGAAGACAGUAUGGAGACGGAAAAUGCAGCGGCGGCUGCCGCGGCCGCGUUCACAGCAUCCUCGCAGCUCAAGGAGGCCGUGUUAGAAGUGAAGGUGGCUGAAGAGGAGGAGGGCCUGGAGGCUGAAAUCGUGUACCCCAUUACCUGCGGGGACAGCAGGGCCAACCUGAUCUGGAGGAAGUUUGUGUGUCCGGGCAUCAAUGUGAAGUGUGUUCAGUAUGACGAGCACGUGAUCAGCCCAAAGGAGUUUGUGCACCUGGCUGGCAAGUCCACGCUGAAGGACUGGAAGAGGGCCAUCCGGAUGAACGGCAUCAUGCUCAGGAAGAUCAUGGACUCUGGGGAGCUGGACUUCUAUCAGCACGACAAGGUCUGCUCCAACACCUGCCGCAGCACCAAGAUCGACCUCUCGGGCGCCCGCGUGUCACUGAGCAGCCCCACCUCCGCCGAGUACAUUCCACUCACACCUGCCACGGCCGAUGUGAACGGGUCUCCAGCUACCAUCACCAUAGAGACCUGUGAGGACCCCGGUGACUGGACCACGGCCAUCGCAGAUGACACAUUUUCCUUCUGGCGAGGGCUCAAGGAUGCUGGUCUGCUGGACGAGGUCAUCCAUGAGUUCCACCAGGAGCUGAUGGAGACCAUGAAGGGCCUGCAGCAGCGGGUCCAGGACCCUCCCCUGCAGCUCCGAGAUGCCGUCCUCCUCAACAACAUCGUGCAGAACUUCGGCAUGCUGGACCUGGUGAAGAAGGUGCUGGCCAGCCACAAGUGCCAGAUGGACCGCUCCCGGGAGCAGUACGCCCGGGACCUGGCAGCCCUGGAACAGCAGUGUGAUGAGCACCGACGUCGAGCCAAGGAACUCAAGCACAAAUCUCAGCACCUCAGCAAUGUGCUUAUGACACUCACGCCCGUCUCCCUGCCACCCCCCGCGAAGCGGCCGCGGCUCGCGAGGGCCACGUCUGGGCCGGCCGCCAUCGCCUCGCAGGUGCUCACCCAGUCUGCCCAGAUCGCCCUCAGCCCCGGCGUGCCAGUCUCCCAGCUGACCGGCGUGCCGCUCGGCAAAGUAGUGUCCGCCCUGCCCUCCCCUGCACUGGGCAAGGGGCCCACGCAGGCUGCUCCCGCCGGCUCGCCAGCCUCGCCGCUGCUCGGGGGCUACACGGUGCUGGCCUCGUCGGGUGCCACCUUCCCCAGCACGGUGGAGAUCCACCCGGACGCGUCCAGCCUCACGGUCCUGAGCACGGCCGCCAUGCAGGACGGCAGCACUGUGGUCAAGGUGGUGAGCCCCCUACAGCUGCUCACCCUGCCCGGCCUGGGCCCCACUCUGCAGAACGUGGCUCAGGUGUCGCCGGGGGGCAGCACCAUCGUGACAGUGCCCACAGGGGCCGUCGAGAGCGCCGUGGCCGCCUCGGGCCCCGAGGAGCACACUGCCACCAUCGAGGUGGCCGCCAUGGCGGAAGGCCGUGAGCACAAGUAGACGUGGGUGGAGGACGAGGCCCGCCGUGGGCACAGGGCCGGCCGCCUCUCCUCAGGCCGUGGCCGGGCGGGAGCAUGGUGCCGGCGCCCUGCGGGCCACGUUGGGCUGAACCAAAGAGAGGAAACACCAAAACAGACGGCGAGAAAAAGGGAUCGAACACAACAGACCUGUGCGGUCAGCCCUCCACUCGGAGCCUCCUCCCCCUUCUUUCUUGGGAAAUACAUUUUUCCAUCUGUUGCUUGUUGAUACUGUUUACACGUCAGGCCUGAUGAGGAGCCGGACAGAGAGGAUGAGGAGGCAGAGCCGGGGAGUGGGGUGCGGACUCUGUGGGUGCGAGGGGCCCCUGGGUGGGCCGGAGCCGGCUGGGGGAGGGGGUGUCGCUAACACAUGUCUUGGGAACCGUCCCCAAGUGUGGAAACCCAUGGAUCCUAUGGAUUUGGUUUCUUCCCACAGUUUUCUGUAGGUUUAGUGUGGCCUGGCACCCUGUUCCCCUGUCUCCGGGACAGCGUGGGUGCUGCUGCGGGUCUGCGCGUGGCCCCGGUCUCGGGGUGGGGGGGCUGGGACUGGAGUGUGGACCCAGGGCCCUGACAGCUUGAGUUUGCCAUCUGCCUUGGGGCGAGAACGGGGCAGUACCCCCACCUCCCUCUGCCCGGCAGGUGCUCAGCACCAGGGGCCGUUGCACACGCACUGUGGGUGUUUUUAAGUGAAUUGUUUAGUAGGCUUCUUGCAAGAGUCAAAUUUAUAGCAUUUUCAAACUAAAAAAUGCUGAGUGCCUAGGCUUCCCGAGUUCGCUCUGGGUUCCAGAGUGUUUUGUACAGGACCAUAGGGAUGGCCCGCGGGCGACUGUGCUGGUGGUUCCUGCUGUGAGCUGUCAGCACCAGCAGACCCCCCCCCCCCUCCGACCCGGGGAGUGUGACGGUGGCUGUGCCCCUGGGGCUUUGGUCCCUGGGGGAGCGGGUGGUGGUAGGGUGCAAACAGAAUAAGUCAGGGGCGGAGGAAGAUUUUGGGGGCUUAGUGUCGACCCCUGUGCUCAGUCCGCUGGUGGGGCCACCGUGACAGCUUGGCCCCUGGGCUCCCUGGGACUCCCCUGGCCCCCUGCUGGCUGACACUGGUGCCUGAGGGCACUUGGGAGGCCCAGACUGCCCACGGGCACGGCCACGGCCGCCAUGGGCUGUCAGCAGGUCUGUUUGAGACCCAGGAGGAGGACCAGGCAGGGGUCCCCUGGAAGCCUGGCGCCCUCUCCAUCAGGACCCCACGGCAGGCCCGAGCCUUCAAGUGGCAGGUUCCCGGGCCCCCCCGCCCCCCAACGCUCCAGAUCUGUUGCCUGCUGAAGACCCUUCCUUCUCUAGGGGAAGGCAGGGGGGAACUCCAGAGACAAGCCACUGCCCCACUUUGUGCUUUGAAGGGAACUGGGUUGUGUGUCUGUCCUUCCAUCUGUCAGGUGCCCCAGAACUACCUGAGCGGGUCUUGGCCCCCGAGUCAAGCCACUGGGGUGGUCUUUUUCCAUUUUCUUUCUGUUGCGAACUAGUUUGUUGUUGUCAUGGGUCAGCUGGUGUCUACACUCCUCUCCACUGAGUCCUGACGCCUUCGGCAGUGUGACCCCGCGGGCGUGGGCACAGCCCAGCUAGUCCUGCCCGUCUGCACCAGCUCAGACCACACAGGAAACUAUGUGGCUGAUAAGACCACGGUUUGCUCUUGGAGCCUUUGUCAAAGUCGGGCGUACCCGCCCCCUUUGAAGCUGCCACCCCUGCUCUCAGACCACAGGGCACUGGAGGGAAGUUCACACCAGAGCUUCAGAAAUGACCGCAGCCCCUCCCCCUGCCUGGCACCUGUGCCACCCCGGGAGGGUGCGAGCGCCCCUUCCAGUCCCCUGGGGCCAGAACCGCAGGCUGCUUCUGGGGGGCAGAGUCGGUGCCUGGGGCAGGGAAGCAUCCGGGUUCUACUUUGUACGUUGUUUUGCAAGUAUCUGCUUGGUACUUUGGUUUAAAGUAAAAACAUUUUUCGUAA